GCGUAUAAAUCCGAUUCUUAUCCGCAGUAUUUGCAUCCACCGUCGCGUCCGGCCGUCCGUACGUCCCGUUCUUUGGCAGGCAGACGCGGCAAGCUUGCGGCCGCCGCCGACGGGGAGGAGGAAUGGAAGCUGCCCUCCCUCUCCGCCUCGCCCUUCCCCGUAGCAGCGGCAGCUUCUCUCCGCUGUUGAAGACAUACCCCAAGCCCACGGGCGCCGCCCAACUCCACUCCAGCAGCUUCGGCAGGGUCCCCCGAAAGCUCGCGCUUUUCCCUCCUCGCGCCGUCUCCGAGGACCGCGCCGAGGCCGACCACGCCACGCCGCAGUGGCAGCUCGACUUCCUGGGGUCGGACGCGGGGACCCCCGAGCCGCCCGAGGAGGAAGAUGACGAGCUCCUCCCCGUCGAGACCACCGACUGGUGCGUCCGCGCGCGCCGCGCCGCUCUGCGCUCCAUCGAGGCGCGGGGCCUCGCGCCCUCGCUCCAGCGGAUGGUGUCCACGCCCAAGAAAAAGAAGAAGAAGAAGACCAGCAGCAAGAAAGAUCUCAAGAAGGCGUCUGCCGAGCUCAAGCGUCGCAAGAAGCAGAUGGAUGCUGAGGAGGAAGACGACGACGACGACGUCAUCGAUGAUCUGCAGGCCAUGGGCGACUUGGAGCUCCGGGUCGAGCAGUUCGCGGACGGCAUGUUCGACGAAAAGCGCCAGAGGAACAGGGAGGCGUUCGUCGAGACGCUCUCCAGGUUCUCUGCCGCGCCGUCCAACCGGAACAAGGAGGUGUCUUUGAACCGCUCCAUCGUCCAGGCUCAGACAGCUAAUGAGGUGCUGGCCCUCACGGCGGAGGUGAUCGCAGAUGUUGCCAAGGGUCUCAGCCCCUCACCGCUCACGCCGCUCAACAUUGCCACCGCGCUCCACCGCAUUGCCAAGAACAUGGAGGUGGUGUCCAUGACGCAGACGCACCGACUCGCCUUUGCCCGCCAGAGGGACAUGUCCAUGCUCGUGGGACUGGCAAUGGUGGCCUUGCCGGAAUGCUCGCCGCAGGGUGUUUCCAACAUCGCCUGGGCCUUGUCCAAGAUCGGUGGUGACCUGCUCUACCUGCCGGAGAUGGACAGGAUCGCCGAUGUGGCCAUCACUAAGGUUCAAGACUUCAAUGCACAGAAUGUAGCUAAUGUCGCUGGAGCAUUCGCUACCAUGCGUCAAUCAGCACCUGGCCUUUUCUCGGCUCUGGCCCAGAGAGCAGCGCAGAUACUGCAAACCUUCAAGGAGCAAGAGCUUGCUCAGUUCUUGUGGGGAUGUGCUUCUCUGAAUGAGUGCCCCCGUCCUUUGCUCGAUGCACUAGAUUCUGCUUUUCAGGAUGAUGCCAGGUUCCGAUGCCAUUUAUCUGAUGUAACGUCUGACGUGCCGUGGAGCUCAGCAGAAGAGGCUUCUAGAGGAGAAAAAGGUGAGGGUGUCCAUCCUCUCAACUUCAGCCGAGAUCAGAUUGGGAAUAUUGCUUGGUCCUAUGCUGUUCUUGGACAAAUGGACUGUCAAUUCUUCUUACAUAUCUGGAAAACUCUGAGUCAGUUCGAAGAGCAGCGGCUGUCAGAUCAGUAUAGAGAAGACAUGAUGUUUGCUUCACAAGUUUAUCUUGCAAACCAGUCUUUGAAGCUUGAAUACCCACAUCUUGAAAUGUGCUUAAGAGGUGAUCUUGAAGACAAAAUAACAAGAGCUGGAAAGAGCAAACGGUUCAAUCAGAAGACAACUUCUUCAUUUCAAAAGGAGGUCGGGCGCCUUCUGUAUAGUACAGGGCAUGAAUGGGUUAGAGAAUAUGCAAUCGAUGGUUAUACUGUUGAUGCGGUGUUAGUUGAUGAGAAGCUUGCAUUUGAGAUAGAUGGGCCAACGCAUUUCACAAGGAAUUUAGGUACACCAUUAGGCCACACAGCACUUAAACGACGCUACAUAACUGCGGCGGGCUGGAAGUUAGUUUCCCUGUCUAUGCAAGAGUGGGAGGAGCUCCAAGGUGAGUUUGAGCAAUUGGAGUACUUGAGGAGAAUAUUAGGAUUAGAUGCGGAAUAAGUGCGGCAACUGGGCAAUAUAGAUCGAGCAAGGCACGAGGACUGGACAACCACAUUGACCUCCCUAAGAGUCCAUGGUAUUUUCCGUGCAAUUUUUGUGAACCGGUCAUUGAGCUUUGGGAAGUUCGAGUAAGCUGAUAACUAAUAUGAGCCAUUGUGCUUUGGGGAAGUUCAAGUUAGCUGAAAAUUAAGAUGUUAUUUCAAGUCAACAGCUGUAGAAAUAGUCAAAUUAAAAGGCACUGUGAAGUAAUAUGUAUCAUUGUUUUCAGGGGCUACUUUGUACUGAAAGAUAAGAUUGAGAGCGGUGCAAUACUCUGUUAUAAAUGGAAAUUCUUGAAAAAUGAUGGAAUCUCUAUCAUACUAUGUGCAAUGCAAUGAACUGUAAACUCGCUAUUGAGGUA